GCAUAUGUGAGGAAAAUUGGGUUACCAUUUUAAUUUGGAAGAAAUUUCGAAAUGUCAUUCUGGCAUCGGCCCCUAAGUUGGAAAUAGCAUUCCACGAAAUCAAAUUGGAAUUUUUACAACGGCAUUUCGGCGAAGCCUACUUUUGAUGAUGGCAUGUAUCCAAAUUUCUCAUGACGCGCAGAGUCCACGGAUCGGUCACUAGUGUGCAAUGCGCCGUAGACAAGUGUCUAACCAGAACCGAACAUCCGGAUCGGGGCAAUGGUGGUGUCGACCGGAGCGGGAGCUGAUCGGCGGGAAGACCGCCGGCAGCGCACGGGGGUGUGUGCCGUGCGCGCGCGGCUCCCCUUCUAGCCCAAAAAGGAAAAAAAACUAGCAGUUUUGGGCCCCGAAAUAUCCAGCCCACCAAAACUAUCAAGGCCGAAACCGAAGCCCACAAUGAUGAAGGGCUCCCGGAUUCACCGGUCGAUCGCGUCGCGCGAUCCCUCGGCGAGGCCCUGAUCGGCGGCAGGAGCAGAGCCAUGAUCGACGACGACGAGGAGGCAGCGCUAUGGUCGCGACGAAACACGCCAGUGGAGCACCCCAUCCGCCGCGCGUACGACCGCGUCGCCGCCGCCCUCAGGGAGAAGCGAUCCAACGAGCGGCUCGCCCGGGAGUGCCUGGACCACUACAACGCCCUGCACCCGGGCGACGAGCACGACCUCGCACCCGGCGGCGACGUGACGCUGUCCCGCUCGCACUGCAGCACCGGCGCCUGGACGCACGGCAACUUCGUGGCUCGCCGCCGCCGGCGGCAAUGGCGCCGCUGCCUCGCCUUCGUCCUCCCCGCCACGCGGACGCUCUUCUUCUUCGAGCACAUGUCCGGCGACGACUACCUCGGCGUCAUCACGUGCAUCCCGAUGCCGGACGAGCCGGUCGGCGGCUUCCUCGCCAGAAUCCCUGUCAUCCGCCGGUGGGCGACCCCUCGCCGGAGCGGCAGGUGGGACUGCGUCUGCAAGACGUGCCGCCGCGGCCUCCGCGUGACGCACCACUGGCUGAAGAGGAAGGUGAUCGGCGAGUUCCCGUGCGGGCACAUGGUGGCGGAGAGCGUCUGCAAGAUGUGCUACCACUACUCCGACGUCGUCCAUCCGAGCCCGGGCAAGUUCGCGCGCGGGUACCUGGAGCACGAAGACGAAUUUGGCCACUACGGCCGUAAUGGCUUGAGGGAUUAUCCAUGUUAACUAACCCCAGCGUGUUUCUCUUCGCUUGCAAUGCUCACAUUAGAAGAUCUACACUAAUAAAUACGUAUGUAACAGAUAUUUUUGUCACUUACAGGUAGGAGUAGAAAUUUGACAUGUUGCAGCAAACAAUUCGUCAUGCAUGUUAGAGCUGCACAAUUUCAGAUUUUGCUAUAUAUAUUUCAGAAUUUGAUGCUUGUGUUGGAUAAUUUCGUAGGUGAAGGCGUCCAGCACGCUGUCAUGAUGCGAUAAUGCUUCUCUUUGGACAAUUUCGUAUGAGUGAAGGCGUCCAGCAUGCUGUCAUGAUGGUAUUAUGAACUGCACUGUAAUAUUAUUAGUCCAAAAUUCUAGACCCCAGGAAAUUGGAUAUUAAUUUCCUAUUACCAAAGUGCUAAAUGCUGAAUGUCCUGCAGAGAAAGCUAAUAAUCAGGAAAAAUCCGCCGUCCGCCCAUUACUUGCCUUGCUCAACUGGGCUUGAGCACAUCCUGAUCAAUUCUACGGGCUUCUAGAAAAACUGUGAAGCGAGGCUUAAAAUCUGAAUUUUGAUUCUAGGACUAGAAGGUGUUUCUUUCAGAACGAUGAAUUCUUGUUAGUGACCUGUCCUCAUAUCAACAUCUGAAGCCUUGUGAAAUCGAGGAGUAGCAUCUAGCAGAUAGUGCCGUUCUAGAAUCUUGAUGGUUACAAUCCCUGUCUGGAUCUCGCGUGCGGUUUUCUCAAAAGUCAAAAACACAAGCUGUUACUCUCUGGAAGCGAAUCAAUCAUAUAGUCUUCGGGUACACUUGGACCAUACAGUAGCUUGCAUCUCUGUCCACAACCUUUUUACUCAAAACUCAAAAAAGUCGUUGAAGUUUCAGUACAGAAGGAACUGACAGAGUAGUGCCGAACUCUUAACGAAAAACCAAAUUCGCUACAUCUGCAGCGCAAUUUUUCCUUUGCGGACAGUGUGCUAAGCGGUGAAUUCUGCAACACAACGAGUUUCAGAGUCUACAAUGUCCUAGCCUACUACACCAAAACUCAGACUAAUCAUGGACUUACUGCCAGAAUAGUUAGUACUAAUGUUUAGCAAUAUAAAACGCAACAAUGUGCUGGUAGGUAGUAGGAGUUGUACAGACAGUGGGCAUCAGAGUGACAUCCUUUAUGUGUUUUUCUGAAGCUAGUCUACGCACAAGUCCACAGUCAGCAAAGGCGAGCCGGGCUCUUUGAAAUUUUCUUCAGUUUCUGACGUUGCACAUGAGACUUCCUGCUCCUUUCCUUCGUGGCCACUCUCACUCAUCGCUAGCCACUGGAUCACCGAACGUGCGGCUGAGAUCGAAGCUGGGAUCUCUCUGUGGGAGACGGGUCAAUGGGCUGCACAGCUGCAUCAUCCAGAAGCAUUUCCUGUCGCUGCCAGCAUUGUCAUCGAGCACCUAUACGGUGUGCAUUUUCAGGUUAAAAAAAAAAACGGAGUAUCCAAAGCUAUACUCGGUAUUCUAGAAGUGAAGAAACCGGAUAAACUUUUCACUGUGGUAUUUAUCCAUAUAUACCGACUAUAUACUGUAUGCACGUGUGGUAUUGAGUGCAGUAUCUUAUGCUCCCUUUCACUUACCGUUUCAGGCCUACGACUAGUCAACGAAUGACCACAAAGAGUUUAAAGACAACCCAGAGGCGCCAGAGCCACAUCAUUAUCUAAGACUUUUCUGUUUGACUCAACUUUAGACCAGGGAUUUGUGCACGAGUACAUCUAGAUGUGACACUGACAUCGUGGGCCCAACUCACCCUGAACCCGUGACCUCGUGCUGACGACUCACAUUCCCGGCCUCAGGUGGAUGAUCCCCCUGUAAAAUCAGUGGAAACAAAAAGCUUAUCAUCAUUUGCUAAUUGCUUCCACUUUAAAUUUACUUGCCGUGCUUGACCGGUUAUAAUCUCGACUCUCGUAAUAGUUUUCUUUUUCUUUGAAGACUAAUAAAUAGUGUGAUACUAGUUCUAAUCGGUUUGAAGAUAUACUAAAAGAAAUGGUUUCAACAGCGACAAUACGGCCAGUGGAGCAAAAUUAGAUGUUUAAAUUAUUGGUGGCCAUGGGUGAUAGCAAUAAGAUCGCGCGAUCUGCAACAUCUUCCACUCCUCUUUGUCGCAAGUGAUCGACACCUCUGUGCUUCCGAAUAGUUUGACCAUUCAUCCGACGGCAGAGUAAUGUGCCGGCACAUGCUACAGUCCAAGCCAACGGAGCAUAUUGUCGUACCUUGAUCAUGAAAAGAUCGCAAAACUCCCAUAAAGAAACCAUGUCACGAGCUGUGCAAUUCGUACACGUUGCUCAGCUUAGUCCUUAACUUAACUUAGUAGUAGCUGCAUAAACAAACCAUCUAGAACAUAUCCCUUUCAAACAACGCCACCAUCUGACCAGCAAAAACCAAACAAAAGAUGAGCUAAACCACCAACUGGUGAACUAGUAUCAAAUUAUAAAGGAAAGCAUGGCUGAAACUUCCAAGCAAGCAGCACCCAAAAACUAAUCCUAAAUUCCUAACAAAUUCAAUCAUUUAACCAAACAGGAUAAUGGAGGAAGAAAAGUCUGCACGUGCCGUUCACACUGCAUAUAAAUGGCCCACCCAUGUUUCUCACGGUGGAGUCCGCGAUGGCUGCUUGCCUCACCGAGUGAACGCACGCGCUCGCCGGCGGCGACCAAGAAACCACGCGAAGACAUGGCAUUCCCGAGCGGCAAAGCCUACUACCUCCACCUCCUCCUGCUCGCGAUCCUGCCAAGCCUCGUCGCGCGGCGCGGCGCGGCGCAGCAGGGCGGCGUCGACGAGAAGCAGCUCCUGCUCCAGGUCAAGCGCGCGUGGGGGGACCCCGCGGCGCUCGCGUCGUGGACGGACGCGGCGCCGCACUGCCGCUGGGUGUACGUGUCCUGCGACGGCGGCGGCACCGGCCGCGUCACGUCGCUGUCCCUCCCCAACGUCGCGGUCGCCGGCGCCGUCCCCGACGCCAUCGGCGGGCUGACGGCGCUCACGGUGCUCAACCUCCAGAACACCAGCGUCGGCGGCGUGUUCCCGGCGUUCCUCUACAACCUCACCGCGAUCACCUCCAUCGACCUCUCGAUGAACAGUAUCGGCGGCGAGCUCCCCGCCGACAUUGACCGGCUCGGC